ACGACGGGGAAAACUCGUUUCUUCUCAGUACAUCUCGGUUGUUGUGGCUGAAUUUCAAGAGGAAUCCUGUCCAAUCUUUGACAAGAUCUGAGAUUCCAAUUGCCUCGAUAAUUGCCCUUCAAUCGAUCGAAGCUGAACACUUUCUUUCCCUGUUUUUUCUUUUGGUGUUGGUCUUUCGCUCCUUGGCUCCUUGGCUCCUUGGAUCCCUGGACCAUGACUUCCAGUUCCAACUUGUUCUUGGGCGUGGAUGUGGGAACGGGGAGUGUGAGGGCCGGUUUAGUGGAUCAGAGAGGACGCAUUUUAGAGAUCGCGUCUCGGCCUCUGAAAAUCAAUAAUCCUCGUCCUGAUCACUAUGAGCAAUCGGUUAACGAUAUCUGGUCUGGAGUGGUCCAUUGCAUUCGACAAGUGAUUCAGGGAGUGGAGGAUAAAUCCCGGAUUAUUGGGAUCGGAUUUGAUGCCACGUGCUCUUUGGUGGUCUUGGAUGAGUCUGGCUGUGGCCUUUGCGUGAACCAAGAUGAAGACGAAUCCUGGGAUGUCAUGAUGUGGAUGGACCAUCGGGCCAAAGUUCAAACCGAGCACAUUAAUAACCUCGAGCAUCCUCAAGUGCGUGAGGUGCUCCAAUUCGUGGGUGGAUCCAUUUCCUUGGAGAUGCAGGUUCCCAAAUUGCUGUGGAUAAAGGAGAAUCUGGCCAAAACAUGGCCUCGAGCUAGACACUUCUUUGAUCUCUCCGAUUUUUUGACCUUCAAAGCUACGGGUCACAUUUCAAGAUCCUUGUGUGCCACCAUAUGUAAAUGGACUUACUUGGCCAACUUGGAAGAAGGAUCCCUACGAGGUUGGAGUCGGGGGUUCUUUGACGUAGUUGGACUGGAGGAUUUGACGCAUGAUGAUUUUGCCAAACUCGGAAAAGACGUGCUAAGCCCCGGGAAAUGUUGCGGAAAUGUCAGCCAAGAAUUCGCACUCGCCACGGGUCUUUCGGAGCAUAUCCGGGUCGGAGCUUCGUUGAUCGAUGCUCAUGCCGGAGUCUUGGGGAUGCUAGCCUGUUCUCCUGCCAGGAACUGUGGCACUUUUUCUGAGCAACUCUCCAUCAUCGCGGGAACCUCCACUUGUCACAUGGCCUUGAGUAAAAGAGCCUCUCAGGUCCCUGGGGUUUGGGGACCGUAUCUCUCUGCCAUUUUACCCAAAUUCUGGCUCUUGGAAGGAGGCCAGACAGCCGUGGGAAAGCUCAUUGACCACAUUUUGGAGACUCACCCGGCUCACGAUGUGGCCAUGAGGAUGAUGCAAAAGCUCGCAUUCCCCACGAUUCAGGCCUAUUUGGAACAUGUUCUUUCCGAGAUGAAAGACGAGCUUGGGCUCGAUCAUGUGGCCUUGAUUGCUCGAUCGUUUCAUAUUUGGCCGGAUUUUCAUGGCAAUCGAUCACCCUUGGCAGAUCCGGAAAUGACAGGAAUGAUCUCUGGAUUGACUCUAAGUAAAGGCGUCAAGAACAUGGCCAAAUGCUAUCUGGCCGCCAUUCAAGCGGUCACUUAUGGAACCGCUCACAUUUUGGAGGAGAUGACUAAACAAGGUCAAGACAUCCGGAUGGUGACCAUUUGUGGAGGACUUUCCAAGAGCGAGAUCUUCGUCCAAACUCAAGCUGAUGUUCUUGGUUUGCCCGUGAUCCAACCCAACGAAAAAGAGUCGGUCCUCCUUGGAGCGGCAAUGUUAGGAGCUGCAGCCGUACGUUCCGCAUCUAACUCCAACGAUGAGGAUUACUUUACUUUUAUAGUGGAAGAGAUGAUGGGCGGGGGCCAAACAUUCUUGCCCAAUCCAUCUCUGAAAGCGUUUCAUGACGCGAAAUACCAAGUGUUCCGAGCUAUGGGCCGAGACCAACUAAGUUAUCGUCACCUCAUGGAGCAAGAGUUCUGUCAAAAAUAGGGAAUAUAUUUCGUCACGAGCA